AUGGCUUCUUCUUCACGGCGGAGGUUGCAUCACUCCAACCUCCGCUCGAUCCAACUCCGCAAACCUGUGGCUAUGGCAGCUUCAGGUACGCCUAUUAAGCGGUCCUCAUCCACCGACCAAUACAGCGUCAAGCGACUAAAGCACUACCACCACCAUCAUCGUUUGCAGGAGCCUGUUACCCUGCCGUCGCCCGAGCCAGCUGUACAAGAUGAGGCCCACGUCGAUCAAUUGAUGAACCGUGCUAUUGGCAUAUCUCUCAAGGAUGCCGGAUACUAUCUAGCUGAACCAACUGCUCUGUCGAGCUUCCGCAGUGCGACAGAAGAGUAUAUGCUACGCCUUUCCACCUUUGCUCGACAAUCAAUGCUAUCAUGUCGUCGAACGCAACCUAUUCCGCAAGACUUUGAACACGCCCUUACCCGCCUCCGCCUUACACCUGAUGACCUUCUCCCUACUCUCAAAUGCUCUCAAUAUUCUACACCCGCACCCCCGUUACUGCACUCCUCGGAGACGGAAGGGGCAGAAGAUGUGCUACCACCAAGUCUUCCUUUGCUCACAGCACUCAGCAGCGAGGACGACCGUGCGAACCGCUCUUACAUUCCAAAACAUUUUCCCAGCUUCCCCAGCAAGCACACCUACUCUGCCACCGCAGUAUUCGUCGAACGAGAUGGCGACCAACGCAAGAUCAGAGAACGCGCCGCAGAGGAUGGACGACACGGAGAAGAGGCACUGCGCAAGUUGGCAAGUGCCGCAUUCCGCGACAACCAGACGGGCUCCACGGGCCACCAAAAGAAACUUUGGGGCCGCAGGGCGGAUAGCAUGGAAACCAUGUUCGAGAAGACCACCAAGGCUCUCACUAAGAAGCUUAAUCAAGACCCUCGUACUUCUUCUGCGGCAGCAGCUUUGAUCGACUCGGCCAUGGACAUUGACUCCGGAAACCCGGAUGCCGACAAGGCCCGGACCAAGCUUUUGUGGAACAUGGAGAUGGGCCCGAUCGUUAAUUGUGAGCGGGAUCUCUGGCGUCGGACGGCGUCGACUACGCGCCGAGGGGAAGAGAAUGACCAAAAGCCCUCGGCGAGCGCGGAGCCACUCGAGGUCAUGACUGGCAUGUAG